UCGUAUCUACGGACCGUCCGCCUAUCUCGCCAUCAAAGAAACGAGCAACAAAAAUCAGUAUUAAACAUGAAAUAGAAAGCACAGUGACGUAUUGAUACGCGCUAAUUACAAUAUAUGCUACAGUUAGUGUCCUUUAGUGAUAUAUUAUGUAUCUACAAACUCAUCUUGUGAUAUCAUGCGCAGCCGAUAAUUUGUGAUGGAUAUUGAUGUAGCAAUCCUAGCGCUAUGGUUUUGGCUACUGCCGAUGGUAACGAGAGGAAGAGUCAUAAGGAACUCAGGCGCAGUUUGUGAGACGUACUACUACGGUGGUAGCUGGCAAAACCUCGUCACGAACUGCUCCAACCUGGGACUAAACGAGUUACCUGAUAAUUUAAAUACUGCAGAAACGGUGACACUCGACCUAUCAAACAAUAACUUUGUUGAUUUUCCCGAGAGUCUACGACAAUUUCAUCAACUUCACACGUUGGAGUUCUCUGGAAAUGGAUUGAGUAGUCCUCCCCCCUAUUUUAUUGGACAAUUAUUCUCAUUAGUCACAUUAAAUUUAUCUAAUAAUAACUAUAAUUCUUGGAUUAAAAGCGGUCAAAGGUAUUUCUUCGUCAGGCUUGACCUAUCUAAAAAUUCUAUAAAUGCCAUCGAUGAUGGGGCUUUUAAUGACCUGCCGCGGUUCUCCUACCUCGAUCUCUCAGCAAAUAGACUCCAAGAUCUAGCUCUAGAUUUGUUUUCUGACACUGGUUUAGAGACUCUCAUCUUGACCAGGAAUUUCUUUUCCAGUGUUCCUAAAUUCGUAUCUUCAACGUUGACAAAUCUUGCUUUAAAUAAUUGUCUAAUAUCAGAGUUUCCAGCGGAUUCACUAUCUGAAAUGAAUUCGAUACUGCAACUCGAUCUAUCGAUAAAUAUGAUUGAAAGCAUUCCAGAAAAUUUGGCUUCAAGCACAUUACAAGAAUUGGACUUGAGUUACAAUUAUAUAUCGACGUUGAAUAUGUAUUCCUUUUCGUCAUUACCGCACUUGGCGGUACUAGAUCUGAGAGGGAAUAGAUUUACAGAAAUAUGGUCUACUUCAUACUUUUCCUCGAACCCAUUUUUGAGGGAAAUACAUUUAAGUAAUAACCUAUGGUCAUGUGAUGGGUUCAGCGUGAACCUCUUCCUAACUUACGAUUUUUUGACGAAAGAACCACCAAAAGUAUCAGACGCAUCAUCGUUGAUAUGCCACUCGCCUAGCAAUGUGACGGGUAUCAGUUGGCGGGAGGCUUACAUCAGGACCUGGCACCCUGAAGUGUCAUCUUCGACCUACACAUAUGUAGCUGUGACGAUAGGACUAGUUCUUGGUAUUUUGCUGACAUCACUCGUUUGCAGAUGUCUCAUAGCCAAAGACGUGCCUGAGCUACCACGGCCGGCUACUGAGACCACAAUACUUAGUGAUCAUACUAUAGCGGAGACUACUGUUAUGAGAAUACCACUGCACGAUGAGGACCUUCCUCCGAGCUACGACGAAGCACUGCUUAUGCCCCGACUUAACUCAUCGUUCCAUUCUUUGCCUGACUUUGUCGAUCUUGAGGAAACUACACAACAGCAUAGAAGGUCUAUGUCAAUAGGCGACUUAGCAGAUAGGCCCAGAACAAGAGACCGACGCUCUAUGAGGCAUACUGUAGAGGUUCGCAUCUCUGACAAUGCAAUGACGAUUGGAAGGAUAUUGAUUUGUGUGUUGUUCUUGGUACUUGUGAUAAAUGGAGAAGUAUUGGAUUUCGAUGACAGAAAUUAUGAAGAAUUUUGUAAUCUGUGCCAUUGCAAUGAAGAUAUAACCGUGGUGGACUGCUCGCGCCGUGGACUCACCGAUUUGCCAAGUGGUAUUGAUAAACAAGUGACAAGACUUAAUUUAUCAUUCAAUGAAAUAUCAACAUUCCCCAGAAACUUAGGAAAACUGUACAACUUAAUAUCUUUGGAUAUCAGUGUAAAUCAUUUAAGUGAAAUACCGGAAAAUGCACUGAAUAACCUGACGUCAUUGGAAGUACUCAUUUUAUCUAAAAAUAAGUUUGAGUCAUGGACUAAAUUAAACCCAACUUACGUACUUCAACCAGCGACGAGUUUGAAAAUAUUAGAUUUAUCGUAUAACAAAUUCAAAACCUUAGCCGCCAAUGUUAUUAGUCCUACUUUGGAAACUCUAAACUUGGAUAAUUGUCAAAUUGAAUCUAUUAACGGUGAAUCCUCACUAGAAGGACUUAUAAACCUAAAAGUGUUGAAGUUAAACUCCAACCCGUUACUAAAAAUUAAUAACCUAACGUCGAAAUCUCUGAAAAGUCUUUACAUGAGUAAUUGUUUAUUAGGAAAUAUAAAUGAUUCAGAAUUUACAAAUUUGCCUUCAUUAAUAUAUUUGAGGAUAUCGCAUAACUAUGGAUUGCAAUUAGCUACUUCCAAAGUAGUUUCAGAGUCUGUUCGAUAUCUUGAUAUAUCAUAUAGCAAUCUUCUUCGUCCAAGUUUGAAUGGAUUUCCAAAUAUAAGAAAGGUGUUACUCAGCCACAAUAUGAUACGAUAUUUACAAAGUUAUGAAUUUAUUAAUAACACGAAGUUGGAGUAUUUGGACUUGUCUUACAAUAACAUAGGAUCAUUAGGGACCGAUACUUUUCAUGGACUGUCGUUGCUAAAAUAUCUUGACCUAUCUUGGAACGAAAUUGCUGUUGUCCCAGAAAACAGUCUUUUAGAAAUGCCAUCAUUGACUCAAUUAAAAUUAUCCAGGAAUUAUCUAACAAGAGUUGGCCAUCUCAAAUCUUUAUCGAUCACUGUUUUAGACAUGAGCUCCUGUGAAAUUAAUACUAUAGGCAAAGAUUCUUUAGAGGGAUUACAAUCUUUAGUUGAUUUAGAUUUGUCACAUAAUCUGAUUUCUCACAUUCCAGAUAGUAUUUCGUCAAAUACAUUAAAACACUUGAAUUUGAAUGUAAACCGAAUAAGUUUCAUCAAUAACUUUACUUUCUUCAUGUUACCACGGUUGACCACAUUAUCUCUUAUUGGAAAUAGAUUCACUUCCAUAUGGAAAAGAUCUUAUUUUCAAUCAAAUCCAUAUUUAGAAAGUAUUGAGUUAAGUGAUAAUAUGUGGCGUUGUGACUGUAAAGAUGAAAAUAUGUUAGACUUUUACGAAUUUUUGACUUUGGAACCCUAUAAUAAAGAAGGUUCUCAGAGUCUUAUAUGUAAUAGUCCUAUAAAUGUUGUAGGGCAGACGUGGUUAGAGGCAUGUUAUUUCACAUGGUAUCCGAGUGACAAAGGGCCAAAUCCAGAUAGUUUAAUUUGGUUUAUUAUAAUCAUGAUAAUAGGGUUGGCGUCAUGUAUAACUAUAGUUAAUUGUAUAAGAAAUUCGAUGAAAAGACGUUUAGCAACAAUACAAGCAGAAAGAGAGAGACAAGUUGAAGAGGCUAGAGACAGAUUACGACAAUUGAGAUUGCGCGCUGAACAGGAAGCUCUAGUAAAUACUCCUGAUCCGCGUGAUUUGAUACCCCCACCCACCUAUGAUGAAGCUCUCACAAUGCCUAAGUUAGCAGCCUCUUGCCACUCACUAUGUGAAGCAGGAACAGGCAAGACUAGAAGAAAAAGAGGUCGAAGGAAAACUAAGUCUAGCGGUGACUUGCUAGAUGAAACAGAAAGAAAUGGAGAUUUCCCAGUUGAAGAUUUAGAACUUACGGAAGUUAAUGAUAACAAUAGAAGAAGACGCCGCAAGUCUAGAAGGUGUGGUAGUCAUGAAAUUGCUGAACUUGAUCAUUCGCCCGGUACUCGAAGAAGGCGUAUAUCAGAGUAUAAUGACGCGGAUGAUAGUGUAACUAUUGAAGUGAACGCAGAGUUAGAAAGACCUUUGAGACCGAGAAACAGGAGGUACUCAAGUGGUGACCCUAGGGAAAGUGACUUUUAGUUUUAAAUAAAAAAAUGAGAUUUGCAGAAUACCUAUUUAAUUAUUACGUACUUAAAAUAUCUUAUAAAUUAUAUUC